CCAAACACGGCGAGGAUAAAGCAAGAUGGCGUCUGACGGUGAAGACGUUAUUGCAGUCGUCACAGUUCAGUGUUCUUAAUCUGUGCCUCCAUGUACACAUAUAUGUCCUUUAUUACACUCUAGUAAAUAGAGUAAACAUCGUUAAUAACUGCUUGCAUCUGGUUAUAUUAGUCUGAGCGCACUUUGAUGCUUCUCGAGCUAGCUUAGCCUGCUAGUUAGCUUAGCUUGUUAGCUGCUAACAAAGAGAGGCGGAAGUGAUCAAAACACAUCACUAAGUAGAGAUCAAGUGUGAGUGUAAAGUGUUGUGAUUGUGUGAAAAUGUGCCAAAGAACCAUAGCAGAGUACGAGGAGGAACUUUGUCCAACAAAAGAGGAGAAGGAGCGACAACAUGAAAAACAUCAAGUUGUGUUACACAGAACAGACAUCCAUCAGCUGAUUGGACACUAAGAAGAAUGUCUCCCUCAUCUGCAGGGGGACAGUUUCACUGUAAAGUAUCCACAGCCCUCACAUUUUAAAGGGGACAAAGAUGAGCCACAGCCCUCUUAUUUUAAAGAGGAAGAGGGGGGAGAGUGUCCUGUAGGGCAGGAGGAGGCUGAUGUCAGCAAGUUUCCACUGACUGUUGUCUCUGUGAAGACUGAAGAGCAUGAAGACAAACCACCUGAGUCCUCACAGCUUCAUCACAGUCCAAACGUCUGUGAAGAACAUCUUCUCUCUGAGCAACAGAAGUGGAGCUUCAGGAUGGGCAAGGAGGAGCCACAGCCCUUCCACAUUAAGGAGGAAGAAGAGGCGCCACAUACAUUGCAAAUGCAAGGGAAGAAAAUAACCCACUGACCCCGCAUUUUAAAGAGGAAGAGGAGGAACACAGCAUCAGUCAAGAAUGGUUGGAGAAGUUCCAUUUGAUUGUGAAGAGUGAAGAUGAUGGGGUCAAAAGUGAAAGUGAGGAGAGGGGAGGGGGGGAGCCUCCAAGCAGCAGCUCAACACAACACAUGACAACAGAAGCUGAUGGAGACCACUGUGGAGGAUCACAAGCAGACAAGCUCUUAGCUCCACUAUCAGAUAGUGAGGACACAACGUCACACUCUCCUGACACUGAUGAUGAAGACUCUAAAGAUGAUAAGACAUGUCACACUGACAACACUCACUUCACAUCUUCUCACUGUCACAAAACUUUUAAAGACUGUCGCAAUAUGAAAAGACACAUAAGAAUACACACUGGAGAAAAACCUUUUUCUUGCUCAGAAUGUGGUGCUCAGAAUGUGGUACAAGUUUUGCAAGAAAUCAAAGUUUAAAAGCACACAUGAGAACACACACUGGAGAAAAACCAUUUUUGUGCUCAAUUUGUAGUAAAAGAUUCACCCAGAAGGCACAUUUGAUAAACCACACAAAAAUACACACUGGUGUAAAACCGUAUUCAUGCUCAGUAUGUGGUAAAAAAUUUACACAAAGUAAUGAUUUGAAAAGACACAUGAGAAUACACACUGAAGAAAAACCUUUUUCCUGCUCAGAAUGUGGUAAAGGUUUUACACAAAGUAAUGAUUUGAAAAGACACAUGAGAAUACACACUGGAGAAAACCCGUUUUCCUGCUCAGAAUGUGGUAAAGGUUUUACACAAAGUAAUAAUUUGAAAGAGCACAUGAAAAAACACACUAGAAAAAAACGUUUUCUUGCGCAAUCUGUUGCAAAGAAUUUGCACUACCUAUCUCUUUCAAAGUUCACAUGAAAAUGCACACUGUUCAAUCUGUUGUGAAGGUUUUGGAUUAGGUCUCUAUUUAAGUAAAACACGAGAAAACACAGAUGAGAGAGUGUUGUGUUGCAGUGUUGAACUGUCAAAACUUGAAUAAGGACGUUCUAACAUCAGCACAUAUAACAUGUGUGACAUCAUUGUUGUGUGUGUAACACAAUCGUGUUAAUAUUAUCCUAACAUUCAUAGAUUAGAUCAUUUAGAUUAGUGUUUUUUUUACAGGUAAAUACAUGUGUUAUUAUGUAAUUUUUGGUACUUUGAUUUAAAAAUGAAGAGAACUAUUUGGCUGAAAAGGUGAAAGUAAAAAACAUGUGUUCUUCUGGACCACUUUUGGAAAAAAAAAUACUUUUUACAUCAUUUGUGUUUUAUUCAAGAUCAUUUACUUUUAAAAUGUGUGACUUUAUGAAUCAUUUGUUGGGUCUAUGUAAUCCAUUCUGUUAAUUGUCUUUAUUACUCUCUUUUGUAAUUUUUUUUUUUUGGAUUGUUUUGUAUGUAUGUCCCCAGACUUUUAUGCAAUUAAACAAUUUAUGCUUCAAUAAAAGUUGGGUCCAGUAAAUGUAGUUAUUAUUUGUUGAGUAUGUGUUUUGUUAUUAAAUAUUGAAUUUAUAUUUAGAGUCAGAGUCCUGAAAACAUAUGUACGGUCUGUCCUACUUUACGGCUGUGAAUGCUGUACAUUAAACAAUCAACAAUCUAGAAAAUUAGAGGCAACCGAAAUGUGGUUAUUCAGAAAAAUACUCUGCAACUCAUAGACUGAAAAGAAAAGGAAUGAAGAAGUAUUGGCAAAGGCUAAAAUAAGAAGAUCUCUAAUUGCAACGAUUCGAAAUAGGCAGCCGAAAUUCCUCAGUCAUAUCAUUAAAAGACAGCUUAGAUAAACUGGUGUUAGCAGGAAAACUAGUAGGAAAGAAAGCUCCAGGUCAACAACGAACAACAUAUGUCAGCAGCCUAAGAAAUGUUAUGGGAAAUAUCAAUAAUAUGGAACUCAUACAUUGAGCGGACGACGGAGAAGACUGGAGAGCCCAGAUUAUCGAUGCCUGCAAACAGGCCUGAUACCCCAUGAUGAUUUAAUUUUGAUAUUUUCUUCUUUAUAUGUUUUACAAACACAGGAUAUGAUGUUAAUACCCAAAAUGCCAUGGACUCUGAAUGGCAGGGGCGUCCUUCUCCCUGAGCCAAGCCAUACCUGAGCGGGGUGAGAUGUUCCAAUCCUUUUUCCCUUGAGAAACGUGGGUGGGGAUGAUAGUCAUCACAAAAUUGUCGUGUCAAGCCGGGCGUGGUUACACAGACGGAUGUUCAUGGCAGCUUUGGGCACCGCAAAGAUUGCUCCAAGUUGGUUUCACAGACACAUGGUAUGAUGUUAUGGGGGAGGAAAGGUGGCAUUGGGGUCAUCAGGCGGGCUCACUCCUUCACCGGUGUUUCACUGACAAGGCCCACUGCACCUCCAGAGAGCUCAGUAGCAACUCCUAGCAUCCAAAGUAUGCUCCCCUCUCCCUUUCCCCCUUAAAAUCUCAUGGUCUUGGUCAUUUUGGAGCCCAGCUGUUGUCUCUCCUUCUGAUCCAGUGCCACUGGCUUGCUCGUUCCACAGCACUGGACAGCGCUCUGAUGGCUUGACGUUGGGCCUGGCCCACAUUCCAAUGUUCUUAAAGGGACUGGUAGCAAGACCCUUCACCCUUGCUCCUGAUGAGUCGUGGUUAUUGCCUUGCAUGGCAGCUCCCGCCAUCAGUGUGUGAAUGUGGAAAUAGUGUCAAAGCCCUUUGAGUUACCUUGAAGGUAGAAAAGUGUUAUCCAAGUAUAACCCAUUUCCCAAUGUUCCUAUAACCCCUUUGUUCAAAUGUUUGUUCCACUUGGGGCGCGGGCAUCUUGUCUGACUCGCACCAUGCACAGCCUUCCUUGUCACAUAUUUUUCCUUUUCCCGCUAUCCAUCUAGUAAUUCAAACUGAUCAAGCAGCGCGAUUGAAGAUUAUUUGUAUUUACAAAAAUCACGGAACCAGGAUACUCUGGAAACAAAAUAAAAGGUAG